CGUUGGUGGUCAUCACCUGUUCGGACAUUUCCGGUGCCAUGAGCUCGACGCCUCAGCCUCUAGCGGGCGUGCCCAGCUUGGACAGACUGUCUGCCUCCUCCUGCGCAACCUGCUUCCCUGAGCGCUGCGGAGCCUGGUCCGGGCUGGCCCCUCUGCUACCCCAGGAGCGGGUCAUGCCGCCGCGGGAGCUGAGCGAGGCCGAGCCACCGCCUCUCCUAGCUUCGACCCCUCCUCCACGGCGGCGCAGCGCACCUCCGGAGCUGGGCAUCAAAUGCGUACUAGUGGGCGAUGGCGCGGUGGGCAAGAGCAGCCUCAUCGUCAGCUACACCUGUAAUGGGUACCCCGCGCGUUACCGGCCCACGGCUCUGGACACCUUCUCCGUGCAAGUGCUGGUAGAUGGAUCCCCUGUGCGAAUUGAGCUCUGGGAUACCGCAGGGCAGGAAGAUUUUGAACGUCUUCGCUCCCUCUGCUACCCGGAUACUGAUGUGUUUCUGGCUUGCUUCAGCGUGGUGCAGCCCAGCUCCUUCCAAAACAUCACAGAAAAAUGGCUGCCUGAGAUCCGCACGCACAACCCCCAAGCACCUGUGUUGCUGGUGGGCACUCAGGCUGACCUGAGGGAUGAUGUCAAUGUACUAAUUCAACUGGACCAGGGAGGCCGGGAGGGCCCAGUACCCCAACCCCAAGCCCAGGGUCUGGCCGAGAAGAUCCGGGCCUGCUGCUACCUUGAGUGCUCAGCUUUGACACAGAAGAACUUGAAGGAGGUGUUCGACUCGGCCAUUCUCAGUGCCAUCGAGCACAAAGCCCGCCUGGAGAAGAAACUGAACGCAAAGGGUGUGCGUACACUCUCUCGCUGCCGCUGGAAGAAGUUCUUCUGCUUUGUUUGAGCAGUUAUGACUGUGCAAGAGGUAGGCAGGUGGCCCGAGACUUCUGGACCCUGGGACAUCUGGUACUACUAGCAGGGCUUUGGCCAGCCCCUGGGGAUUCAGUCCUUUAUUGAACACAGGGGAUAUGGGCCUCUAGCUGCACACUCUGGUAAGACAGGGUGAGAGCUCAGGCUUUGCAAGGAGGCUCUGACUUGGAUUUCUUUUGUCAAGACUCAAAGGAAAAUCCCAGCGCUUUGCUUUCAUCACAUCAAUGUUGGUGUGUCUG